GGGUGGGGGAGGGGACAACAGGCAGUUGUGGUUUUGGGCAAUAUGUGUUCGUAGCCCCUGGGGACAAUGGGGCAGCCCUCAGUGGCUGGGACAAACAUGGCCGGGGUGAAGUGUGGGCUCUUGUAUGGCCCUUCUGCUGAGUGAUGGUGGGAGAGCUGGAAAGUGGGGCCACUGGUAUUCCAGGUGUGACCAUCUCCAUGACACUUGGGGUGCGAUAAUGUCAGCUAGAGCUGGCUUAGGCCGAUUCCUCUGAGACUGGUGAGGCAUUCACGUUCUGGUAGCCCUUCCCCUCCCACCCCCAGCUCGGCCAUUUCCCUUAGGGGUCCUCUGGCCUGAGAGGCACUGGUCCGGGCUGAUUCUGUCCUCUGCCUUCCCAGUUCCCUUUCCCAGGCCUUUCCCUAGGGACCCACCAGGGGUGGGGCUCCCACCUCCCCAAACAAAGCCCACAAAGCAUUCAUUCAUUCUGCCUCCUUUUCCCACAGUCAGGCUGGAUGGUUCAUGGGCAAGUGCUGAGUGGCCCAUUAGUGAGACCCCUGAGCUUAAAACACCAAAGAGCCUGUCCCCCGUCUCUGACAAGAGCAUCCAGACCCCAGAAACACCUUCCAUUCCUUCCUGCUGGCCAAACCCCUACCCACCCACCCUGCUCGGUGACCGACAGCGAGACUUCUUGUUAUAGCGGCGAACAAACGAAAGAACAAAAUAGAACCAGAUUUAAUUCUUAUCUCUGUAGGUUCUUCCCCUAUGCCUCAGCCACACCUACCUUUUUCCAGGUACUUUUCAAUCCAGUGAAUGUGGGAGUAGGAAUAAGAGAGAAGAGAUGGUAGGAGACAAGGUCACCAUUCUAUUAAUGAGGACAAGUGUUAUUAUUUAUUUUAAGUUAAUUAAUGUUUAAACUGAUGACAAUUGGUAUAUAUUUAUCAUGUACAUUUUGGACAGAUGUGCUAUCGGUGUGUGUAAGUGCUCUCUAUAGUGCAACGACUGGGCACAGAGAGGCUGCCAGUGAGGUGGUUCUGCACCCAGACUGGAGCCAAAUUGCCUGUGUUUGAAUCCUGCUUCUAUCACUUCCUAUGUUUGUAACCUUGGGCAAGUUACUGCAUUUUCCUUGGCCUCAGUUUCCUCAUCUGUAAAAUGGGGGAGAUAGCUCUCUCAUAGUGUUUCUGUGAGGAUAGCAGAGUUAAUCUAUGUUAAGCAUGUAGAACAGUGUCUGACACCGUUAGAAAGCACUGUAUAAAUGCUUGCCUUUAUUGUUAUAGAUAGUGAUGAUAUAAUAUUUCUGUUUCUGUCACUAUAUACUUGGUUGUCCUAGCUUAUAAGUGGGGAACAAGUCUAAUUUAUAACUUAUUUAUAAUGAAUACCCAGCUACUUCCAAAAAAGAUUUAAAGUGGCUGAAUAAUGACUGUAAGUGGAAAAUUCAUCAAUUAGGGUCUUUGUAGGCCUUGGGUAAAGAAUAAUAAUUUUUAACUCAAGGGGAAAACAGCCCUUUUUUCUGUUUGUUUGUUUACACUUGUGGUGUAGUGGAACACAUCCAUCAACAGGGAGACUUUGACUAUAAUAAUGAAGUGCUGUGGGUGUGCGGUAACUCUUUGUGGAAUGCAGGAAUACCACUGUGAGCACCUACUGUGUGUCAGAACUAGAAACUUCACACAGACAAAACCCCUUCUGGUCCUCAUGAUGAGUUCUGCAAUGGAGAGGCACUAUUUUCCCCACUUUUCAGAUGAGGAAGCAGGAUCCGGGAGCUUAAGUAAUCCGCCCAGAGUCACAGAGCUAGUGCUUGGGGGAGCAGGGCUCAAGGCCAAGUCCAAUGCCAAAGCCCUCGUGCUUCCUGCUGUGCCAGCACCUGCCUUGUGAUUGGACAGGGCUCUGGACCACCUCAGCCUCGGGUUCUGCGGAAGAAAAAUGAGAGUAACUGGCAGCUCCUGGCUCUUCGCAUCUGGAUGAGGAAGCAUAAAGGCAUUGCCCAAAUACGAAGCAGUUGAACCCGAUAGCAAGCCUUUUAAGCACAUGGAAUUCGUAUCAAUUUUUGACAAGCAAUAGAGGCUGUAAACAAUGAGCCUGACCUUAAUUCAAACACUAAGUGAUUAUGUUUGACAAAGAAAUGUAAACACGGCUUUAAUUGAUUCAUGUGCUUACAACUGGUGUUUCGUUUGUUAUUGUCUUCUCUGUAAUAGCCUCCAUCUGGGCCUGGGCUGCUACGCAGAGCCUCUGCCACUGGUUUGAGCCCGGGGACGACAUUCCUUCAUUGACUCAUUCACUUAUCGAACCAGUUUGUGGUGUUGUGGCUUGCAUUGAGCUGCAGACGUGGCCCCUGCCCUCCCGGAGCUCACAGUCAGAGGGGCUGCAAACAAAUCGCCUCAGGAAGAAGUUCGUAGUGAAAACGUGUGGAAAAAACCGUGAAUAGAGAGGGAAGGAGGGUGGUCGAGGGAGAAUGACCACAAGUGGGGGGAUGGUCAAGGAAGGUCUCUCUGAAGUAGGAUCUGCAAGUUGAAAAGGAGCCAGUCAUGAGGACGUAGGGGACAGGACGGCCCAGACAGAGGAAACAGUGCGUGCAAAGGCCCUGGGCUUGGUGGCCCUGAGGAGAUACAGGCCAGGGUCAAUUUUUCCUGCUAUUUUGGAUAAGACGCAUCCUGGACCACAGGUUGAUUGUCAUUUUGCGCAGGAAAGCGAACGAUGGAAAUUGUACUUCUGGGAAAUUAACCUGACGGUUUCUGCAGGCUGGAGAACAAGCACCAGGUGGUUCCCAAGCCUGAGUCCUACUCAUCCAUUCAGGACACCACAAAUCCCCACUUCCCCUGCUUGUGGGAAUGACAGCGAGCCUGGACACAGGGCGACUGAGACCAUCAUGGGUGUACUUGUCGCAUGUCCGGCUUUUACAGUCGUCUCAGCUCUUUCUUUGCUCAUUCGACUUCUCCUUUGGAGCCCUCUGCUGAGACCCAUGGUCGAGAGGCGCUAUACCUAACCCAGUUACCGGCUACAGGCAACGUGGCAGAGAAUUCUCCACCUGAGACGUCAGUGCACAAGUUUUCUGUGAAUUUAUCAGCAUCACUGUCACCUGUGAUCCCCGGGUUUCCCCUGAUAAUCAACUCAAGUCCCCUCACGGAAGCCUUCAGGGUCAAUCGGCUGUCAGGCACUGAUUUCGAGGUUGUCACCACUGGGAAGGAGCAACUAGAUUUUGAAACAGGACCAAACAUAUUUGACUUGCAGAUUUAUGUUAAGGAUGACGUUGGUGUCACAGACCUGCAGGUCCUGACUGUCCAGGUGACAGAUGUGAACGAGCCACCUCAGUUUCAAGGCAACUUGGCGCAAGGUCUAGACCUGUACGUAGUAGAAGGAGCGAACCCUGGAUUCAUAUACCAGGUUGAGGCCUUCGAUCCGGAAGACACAAGCAGAAACACACCACUCAGUUAUUUCCUGAUUUCCCCCUCAAAGAACUUUGGAAUGUCUGGUAAUGGUACCCUCUUCUCCACAACAGAAUUGGACUUUGAAGCAGGACACAGCAGUUUCCGUCUCACCGUGGAAGUGAGGGACAGCGGGGGGCUCAGAGCCUCCACGACGCUCCGGGUGAACAUCGUGAACCUCAACGAUGAAAUCCCUCGCUUUACCAGCCCAACACGCGUAUACACGAUUCUGGAGGAACUGAGUCUGGGAACUGUCGUGGCCAACAUCACAGCUGAGGAUCCUGAUGACGAAGGUUUUCCUAGCCACCUCCUGUACAGCCUUACUACCGUUAGCAACUAUUUUGUGAUAAAUCCGUUGACUGGCACCAUUCGAGUGGCCCAGAGGAUAGACCGAGAUGCAGGUGAAUUAAGACAAAAUCCCGCCAUUUCUGUAGAGGUUCUGGUGAAGGACAGACCCCAGGGGGGUCAGGAGAAUCGCAUGCAGAUAACUUUCAUUGUGGAAGACAUCAACGACAACCCUGCCACGUGCAGGAAGUUCUCCUUCAGCAUUAUGGUGCCUGAAAGAACAGCCAAGGGGACGUUGCUUCUCGACCUGAACAAGUUCUGCUUUGAUGAUGACAGUGAGGCACCAAACAACAAAUUCAACUUCACCACGCCAUCUGGAGCAGGGAGCAGCGGCAGAUUUUUACAGGAUCCAGCUGGCUCUGGGAAAAUCGUGUUGAUUGGUGAUCUAGAUUAUGAAAAUCCAAGCAAUCUAGCAGCCGGAAAUAAAUACACAGUGAUAAUCCAGGUGCAGGAUGUUGCCUCUCCUUACUAUAAAAAUAACAUCUACAUUUAUAUCUUAACAAGCCCAGAAAACGAGUUUCCUCUCAUUUUUGAUAGGCCAUCCUACGUGUUUGAUGUGUCAGAAUUAAGACCGGCUAGAACCCGAGUCGGAAAGGUGCAAGCAACUGAUAAAGACUUCCCCCAGGGCAGCGUUGUGUACUCCAUCUCCACCGGAGGGGCCAGCCUCCAGUACCCAAGCAUAUUUUGGAUUAAUCCUAAAACGGGAGAACUCCAGCUAGUAACUAAAGUGGACUAUGAAACAACCCCUGUCUAUAUUCUCAGAAUCCAGGCCACCAACCGCGAGGACACAAGCUCAGUCACUGUGACUGUGAACAUCCUGGAAGAAAAUGAUGAAAAGCCAAUUUGUACCCCAAACUCUCAUUUCAUGGCCAUCCCCGUGGAUCUGAAGGUUGGCACAAAUAUUCAAAAUUUCAAGCUGACGUGUACUGACCUUGACUCCAGCCCCAGAUCGUUUCGUUAUUCCAUUGGCUCAGGCAACAUCAACGGUCAUUUCACCUUCUCUCCUAAUGCCGGGUCCAAUGUGACACGCCUGCUGCUCGCGUCUCGCUUUGACUAUGCUGGGGGCCUUGACAAGAUCUGGGACUACAACCUCCUCGUCUACAUAACUGAUGACAACUUGCUGUCCGGCAGGAAGAAAGCGGAGGCUUUUGUUGAAACAGGGACGGUGACACUGAGUGUUAAAGUCAUUCCCCACCCGACCACAAUCAUCACCACAACCCCCAGGCCCAUGAUCACCUACCAGGUCCUGAGGAAGAACGUUUACUCUCCGUCCGCGUGGUAUGUGCCCUUCGUCAUCACUCUGGGCUCCAUGUUGCUUCUGGGUCUCCUGGUGUCCCUGCUCGUCCUGUUGGCCAAGGCCAUCCACAGACACUGCCCCUGCGGGACUGGAAAUGACAAGAAACCUCUGGUGAAGAAAGGAGAGAUGAAGAAUGCAGAGAGAGAGGUGUUGGUGGAAACCAUCCAGGUGAACACUGUGUUUGAUGGAGAAGCCAUAGAUCCAGUGACUGGAGAAAUAUAUGAAUUCAACUCAAAAACUGGAGCCAGAAGGUGGAAAGAGUCACUGAUCCAAAUGCCGAAACGGAAAGAGUCCAGCCCCCAGGCAGCUGCCCCACUCAGCGUCGCUGCUGGGGAAGGGAUGGGGACGCUGAGAUGUGCCAGCCGGGAAGAGCAGGAUCCGGGUGGGAAAGUGCCGGCCGAGGACGCAGGCCCAGGUGCCAGGAAUGAUGCCAAGCCGGGCGCCCCAAAGGACAGAAACCCAGCCUUCACACGCAAGGUUUCCCCCAAGGUGCAUCCGGGAAAGUAAACAGCGUCCAGUGGCCAGGCCUGCGGUGCAGCGCAGGGGAGGGACUGGCAGUCAGCGAUGCUGCCUCCCCCUAAAUUCUAUGAGGGCAGCGCUGGGCCCUGAUAGGUGUGAAAAUGUGGGCUGGGGGAAUUCACACAUCCAGGGGCACAAAUGGGAUGUUUGACAAAUUUUUCAACAAAUAGAAAGGGGUUUGAUCAUACAGUUGCCUUUUUCUAAGAUGGCCAGAAAAAGGGGUCUCAGAACUCCGGUCUCAGAACUACCUGUGCUUCUGAUCAGUGGGACUAUUAACUUCUGGACGCUGAAUUGCUGUGUUCCUUCUUUGCAUUGACUGCUGGGAAGCUCUCUCCAGCUCAUCCUAGGAAGUGCACAGAAAUUCCUGACAAAAAUAUUGAGGACCACCCUCAUAUCUUAUUUUCCUGCUUUUAUCUUAGCAUCACCCAGAUUUCUUAUAUAGUUCAAUGCCACACCUUUGUAGGUUACCUCAAAUCUUUUUCAAAAUAAGCAGAGCAGUGAAGAAAUGGACGAGUAAAUAAUGAGAUGUGCAUCUGGGAAGAAGAAAACACUAUAGACACCUUCUUUUAUUCUUUUUUUUAAAAUUAAUGUACUGUAUAACAUAUGGCCAAUAAAGUGCACAGAUCUCAGCUGUUCAACUUGAUGAUGUGUAGACUUCUUCUAGAGGCAACCACUGUUCUAAGCUUUAUCAUCACAGAUUCGUUUUGCCUUUUGUGAAUUUCACAUAUGUGGAAUUACACAGAAUGUGCUCAUUUGCGUCUGGCUUCUUUUGCUCGCAGCAUCAUGCCUGUGAGAGUCAUCCAUGUUGUGCUGUCUGGCAGGGGUCCAGUCCUCUUCAUUGCUGUGUCUGGUUUCUUGGUGUGAUUAUACCACAAUUUAUUUAUCCGUUCUACACGUGGGUGGCUGCUUCAGGUUUUUACUAUUAUGAACUACGGCAGCAUGAACUUUCCUGUGAAUGUCUUUUGACAAACAUAAACAACUCACUGCUCUGAGCCUGUCUGUACCUGGGAGUGGGAUUGCUGGAGCAAUUGCCAGAUGUUGCCAAAGAGCUCCAAAGUGGAGGCUCCAAUUCACACUCAGCAGCAAACAUUGAGGGUUUCACUUGCUCUCUAUCCUUGUCAACACUUGGGAUUGUCAGUCCUUUUAAUUUUAGCCAUUCUGGUUAAAAUUACGCUUGAAGUGAAAUCACUCUUUUUCUCAAGGCUGAAACAACACCUACCUUACCACCUACCUGCCCUGCUCCUUCCCACUUCCUGUGAUUGGAGGGAGCCAAGGGACUCUGUCCAAACAUACAACACAGACUCUCACCUGUAGGCAUGAGCAGUGAGCAAUGAACUGAGAAUAAAUGGUAUUAGGAUGUAAAAGGAAAUGACACUUUCCAAUGAGUGCCACGCAGAGACUGAGCAAGCCUCGCUUUAGCUCUAUGCCCUGCUCCCCAGGGGCUGUGGUUCCGGCCCAGUAAUCACAAGAAAGGACCAGGCAAGAGUCCCCUAGAGCAGCACCCCCUUCCCAGCUGGGCGUCAGGUGAGAGCCCACCAGGCUCCUGCGGGAGACAGGAUCCAUCCAGCAAAUAAAGAACCGCGGAGAGAGCAUUUGCUUUGUUAGCUGUGUGCUUAUGCGCCAGUGUGACUUCUCGAGCAAAAGAAACAUUUGUAAAAUGCCCUGUCCUGGCCUAGAUUGGGCGUGAUUUAUUAAUAAGGGUUGGUUGCCAGGGAACUCCCUUGAAUGGGUUUAAAUUUUGCAAAAGAAGGCAGAGCUGUUCAGUCGUGUAGGUUAAAGUGGGUGAAGUGGCUGAUUACCCAUUUAAGACUUUGCAAGUCUGUGGGGCCCUGAGUAAAAUGCCUUCCUCAGAAGCUCUCAGCUUCAAUGCAAGUAAAAUGAGGCUCUGAGAAGGCUGAAGGGGGACUUAAUAACUGUUUAUAAGCCCAUUAAGGAUGAUUAAAAGGAGGCCAGUGAGCAGCUGCUCUUCCUUCUCCAGCGAUGACAGGGCAGGAGGGAAUUGUGCUUUAUGGCCAGAAGAGGAGAUUUAAGUUAGGCAGAGGGAGGGACUUCCUGGAGGCCGGGGUCUAUCAGAAGGGCUCAGUGUCUUCCCUGGUGACAGCAGGAAGAGCCGAUUGUCUUCUGAGUCCCAAGGCGAGCCCUGAGGCACUCAGGACUAGGGGAAGACCACACCAGGAGGAGAGAUGGCCCCCAU